AUGGAUGAAGACGAGCUUUUCGAUUUCUUCACCAAGAAGGAAGAAAACAGCUCCGGUGGACACAAACAAGUGGAGGAAGAGGAAGCGGGGAAGAGGAAGAGACCAAGUGCCGAGGAUGCAGUAGCCAAGGAGGAGGACAACGAGGAGGAGGAGGAGGGGGAGGAGGAGGAGAAACCUUCAGAGUCGAAGAAGUCAAAGAGGAACGAGGAUGCCAAGUUGUGCCCUGUGACGGGAGAAGGCAGCGUGAAGAUCUACGACAUAACGCCGGAGGGACAGGAGUCAGGCAGGAAGGCCUGCCGCCAUCACAUCGCCAUCCCUCCCACCAUGACCCUGGAGGAGGUGCAGCGCCCCGUUCCCCCGAAGCCUCCGGCCAAGGAGUACAAGUUCCAGCUAGAUCCCUUCCAGGCAGCAGCUGUGAAGAGCCUUGAGAAGGGCCAGUCUGUGCUGGUGUCGGCGCAUACGUCGGCAGGCAAGACGGCGGUGGCCGAGUACGCGAUCGCCAUGGCGCUGCGAGACAAGCAGAGGGUUGUGUACACCUCCCCUAUCAAGGCGCUGUCGAACCAGAAGUUUCGAGAGCUGACGGACGAGUUCCAAGACGUGGGGCUCAUGACUGGUGACAUCACCAUCAACCCCGAGGCAAGCUUGCUGGUGAUGACGACGGAGAUUCUCCGGAGCAUGCUGUACAAGGGCAGCGAGCUGAUCCGCGAGCUGGUGUGGAUCAUCUACGACGAGAUCCACUACAUGCGAGACAGGGAGAGAGGAGUGGUGUGGGAGGAGAGCAUCGUCCUCGUCCCUUCCAAAAUCCGAUUCGUCUUCCUCAGCGCCACCAUCCCCAACGCCCCUGACUUUGCCUGCUGGGUUUCCCGGGUCCACUCCCAGCCCUGCAACGUGAUCUACACGGACUACCGCCCAACUCCCCUCCAGCACUACAUGUUCCCAGCUGGGGGUGAAGGGCUGUACCUGGUGGUGGACGAGGACGGCAACUUCAGGGAGGAGAACUUUCACAAGGCGCUGGCGAGGCUGGACACGUCGGCAGCGAAUACGGAGAUCGCAGCGAGGAAGAAGGGAGGGCCGGGGACGAAGGGGAAGAUCAAGGAGCGCGGAGGGAGCGAUAUCUACAAGAUCAUCAAGAUGAUAAUGGAGAAGAACUAUGACCCCGUGAUCGUGUUCUGCUUCUCCAAGAAAGAUUGCGAGGCCCUCGCCCUGCAGAUGUCCAAGUUGGACUUCAACAACGACGACGAGAAGGCCAACAUCGAUAUGAUCUUCAACAGCGCCGUCGACUCGCUCUCUGCCGACGAUCGCAAGAUCCCAGCUGUGGAGGGGAUCCUCCCGCUGCUGAAGCGCGGCAUCGGCAUCCACCACAGCGGCCUCCUUCCGAUCCUCAAGGAGGUGAUUGAGAUUCUGUUCCAGGAGGGCCUGAUCAAGUGCCUCUGCGCGACCGAGACUUUCAGCAUGGGGCUCAACAUGCCGGCCAAGACGUGCGUGUUCACGGGGGUGAGGAAGUGGGACGGAGACUCGUUCCGGUGGGUGUCGGGAGGAGAGUACAUCCAGAUGAGCGGGCGAGCAGGGAGACGAGGGCUGGACGAUAGAGGUAUCGUGAUCCUCAUGGUGGACGAGAAGAUGGAGCCUGACGUGGCGAAGGGGAUGGUGAAGGGUCAGUCGGACCCCCUCAACUCCUCUUUCAGGCUGGGGUACAACAUGCUCCUGAACCUGCUGCGGUUCGAGGGGGCGGACCCGGAGUACCUGAUCAAGAGAUCUUUCUACCAGUUCCAGAUGGACAAGCAGGCGCCCGACCUGCAGGGUCAGAUUGAGGACCUGGAGGUUGAGAGGAGGCAGCUGGUGGUGCACGACGAGGGGCUGGUUGCGGAGUACCACGAGCUGGUGACGCAGCGGGGGAAGGUGGAGGAGGAGAUGAGAUCGUACGUUCUGUCCCCCAAGGUCGCCGUGAACUUUCUCAACCCCGGGAGGUUCGUGGAGUGCUUUGCAGACGAGACGCAUGCUCAAACAUGGGGAUGGGGAGUGCUGGUGAGCUUCAAGAAGGCGGAGAAGGAAAAGGACAAGGGCAGCCCUGGCGCCUCGUACCUCCUCGACCUCCUCCUGCCCUGCUCGACGAGGAAGACUAUCAUCCUCCCGACUGGGAAGGAGAUGCCGGUCGGGGACAACGACUCGUUCCACCCUCCUCGGGAAGGAGAAAAGCAUGAGAUCCAAGUGGUGCAACUGCCGCUGUCCAUGGUCAAGAGUUUGAGCUCGAUCAGAGUCUACGUCCCCCAGGACCUGCGGUCGGCAGAGAACAGGAGGUCAGUCGGCAAGACCAUGUCAGUGGUGCAGGAGCGGUUUCCCGAUGGCAUCCCGCUGCUGGAUCCUGUGGAGGACAUGCAGAUCAAGGAGGAGGAGUUCCAGCGGCUGGUGCGCAAGAGCGAGUCGCUGGAGACCAAGGUGAAGCAGCACAAGGUGAACAAGAGCAGUUCCAAGUAUGCAAAGGCGUACGAGAGCUACAAGAAGAAGCUUGCGAUUGCGUCCUCCAUCGCUGUGCUGCAGAAGAGCAUGAAGGGAGCGAGCGGGAUGGUGUUCAGGAGCGAGCUCAAGGGGAUGAAGAGGGUCUUGAGAAGGCUCAAGUACACGGACGGGGAGGAUGUGGUCCAGAUCAAGGGGAGGGCAGCCGCAGAGAUCGACUGCGGGGACGAGCUUGUUCUGACUGAGCUGAUCUUUGAAGGAGUCUUCAAUGACCUCGCGCCUGAGGUCUGCGCUGCUGUGCUCUCCUGCUUCGUCUUCGACGAGAAGACCGACGAGAACCUCCGACUUCCGGACGAGCUCAAGAGGCCCAUCGACUCUGAGAGCAAGCUACAAGUGGACGUGGAGGAGUACGUCAAGAAGUUCAAGGCUGGGCUAGCGGAGAUGACGCUGAGGUGGUGCCAAGGAGUGAAGUUCGUCGACCUGAUGGCUAAGUCUGAGAUCUUCGAAGGGAGCGUCAUCCGAUGCAUCCGCCGACUCGAGGAGCUCGUGACACAGCUAGCGGGUGUAUGUAAAGUUAUUGGCAACACGGAGCUUGAGAAGAAGUUCAAAGAAGCGUCGAAGAUGAUGAAGAGAGACAUUGUGUUUGCAGCUUCCUUGUACUUGUAG